AUGGUGUCUACGUGCUGGGCCCGGGACAGGUCGUCCAAUGUGUUAACUCCUGGGAGUUUGCAGCCAUUGAUUGGGCGUGACCUCGCUCCCUCUGUUCCGCUCCACCGGCCCAGAGCCGCUGAGGCGGUGAGAGACACCUGCUCGGCACUCCGCCCUCUCCGUGCGCCGAGAUCGGGUAAACAUCCUGCCAGCGCAGCGUCCCCAGGGGCUCUCAGCUCCCCUGCACGACCGCAUCGGUCUCAGUCAGCCCUUGCGCCCGUCUCCGAGAUGGAUCGCUCCUCUGCGCUGCGUCUCCUGUUGACCGCGGCCUUGCUUUCUGGCGUAGCGAUGGAGAUUCCACCACCUACAAUUCGGGCUGAGUUCGGGCAUAAAGCCACCUUGCCCUGUCACCUCGAAUCCAACGAGAACAUCAUUUGGGAAAAGAGGGCCUACAACAGUUCCGUCUGGAAAUUCAUCCCCUCGGAAGGCAGGCAGUUGACCUUGGAGAACGUAGAUUCGAGUGACCUCGGCAUCUACCGUUGUCGCAAUCUGAGCAACGACACCUCUUGUGAGAUUGGUCUACGUGUGUACAGGGUACCUUAUCUGAGACUCUUCAACCUCAAGGAGUCAGAGAAGAACGUCAUCUUAAUGGUGGAGGGGAUUCUCUUGCUGGCUUGCGUCGUCAUCCCUGGGACCAUCCUUCUGCGAGAGAAGUCUCAGAGGAGUCUGCGAGAGAGAAUUCAGCGCUAUAAAGAAGAAAACGAAAAUCUGUAUCAGGGCCUGAAUCAGGAGGAACAGGGGACAUAUGAGGACAUAACGCGGGGCCAGCAGAGCAUGUACCAGGACGUGGCCAACUACCGACGCAGUGGUAUCGAGCUGGAAAAGCCCUGAGCCCCAGGGAGAAGAACCCGCUGCUCGCACGAGGCAACCCCACCCCACUCACUAACCCUCUUUCGCCAACAAGGGGUGCUCUAUCCCCAUAGAUCAGUGACCGUUCUUGAUGGUCAAGAGUGUAGCAGGAGCUUUACCCUGUGUCUGACCCCGGGAGUGUGUGAUGGGACGGUGCGGAGGGAGCUUCACUCUGUGUCUCACCCCGGGAGAGUGUGACGGGACAGUGCGGAGGGAGCUUCACCCUGUGUCUGACCCCGGGAGUGUGUGAUGGGACGGUGCGGAGGGAGCUUCACUCUAUGUCUGACCCUGGGAUUGUGUGACGGGACGGUGUGGAGGGAGCUUCACUCUGUGUCUGACCCCGGGAGUGUGUGAUGGGACGGUGCGGAGGGAGCUUCACCCUGUGUCUGACCCCGGGAGUGUGUGAUGGGACGGUGCGGAGGGAACUUCAUCCUGUGUCUGACCCCAGGAGUGUGUGAUGGGACGGUGUGAAGGGAGCUUCACCCUGUGUCUGACCCCAGGAGUGUGUGACAGGAAGGUGCGGAUGGACCUUCACCCUGUGUCUGACCCGGGAGUGUGUGACAGGAAGGUGUGGAGGGAGCUUCACCCCGUGUCUAACUUCUCUCUUCCAACUGAUGAUUGAUAUAACCUUUAGUUGAGCCUUAUAAGUUCAAUCAGAGUCUUUCUUUCUCCACAGUCUUGGAAUUUCCAGCUCCAUCUCGUUGGUGCGGAGGCAGCCUCCCAUUUGAUACACACAGUGAUUCCUACCACAGUUGAACAUCAGACUUACAAUUGAGCCUCUUGUGUUCAACAGUGGGGCUCAGAGGAUCCCCAGUGCUGAGGGAUUUUAACACUUUGAGUUGUUUUGAUUGGGUCUGGGCAGGAGAGAGGCUGGGAGGGAAACAAGGUUCAACUUCCCAGGUCCUGGUGAGGCUGAUUAAGUCGAUGAGCUCCCCCUGCUGGCUUCCCUUCACUCUGUGCCCCCCCCCAACCCCACCCCCCACCUUCCACUGAACCAAUAAAUAGUGCUUGUUGCUCUGG